GUUCACCUAAUGCUGUGCUUCUGAAAAAAUACUUUUUUAAGUUACUCUUGCCUAACUUAAUUCAUGGGGCAUGCAUUUGUCAUUGUAAUUCUUCAUGCCAUUCACAUCUCCCCACUGCUUUUAUUGUACCUGAAAGAAAAGUGUUGUCUACAGCAUGUACCUUCUCUUGUAAUUAUUAUUCUUUCCAUAUAAUAAUAUAGUACAUGAACAGUUUUGCACAAAUAUGACAUCAUUCAUAUUGGCUGCCUUUAUGGAGUAGUUUGUGUUCAUUGGUGGCUGUUGUGGGUGGCACAUGAAGUCACAAGAUGUCAACAUGUUUCCUGGUUCCUUGUUCAUUGAAAUACAUGCUUUACUGUCAGUGAAAUUCACUACAUCUUUCUUCGCUCCUCUGUCCUCUCUCCCAGGGGGAACAUUGCAGUGCAUGCCCUGGGCUCUUAUCCUGAAUCACGGUGUAGCUAUGGCAACAGGUUACCUGUGCGCCCUUCUUAUCCUCACCCUGCUGGGGACCGCUGUUCCCUGGCAACACCCCGAGAGGCUACCUGUGGCAGCAGGACCCCCGCUGGAGGGCAGGCCUUUCACUGUGGUCUGGAACAUGCCUACAGCUCACUGCAAGGAGAGGUAUGGGAUAGACCUUGACCUGACAGACUUCGACAUCAUCGAGAACCAUCAUGAGAAAUUCCUGGGCCAGAACAUGACCAUCUUCUACCACAACAAGUUGGGCCUGUACCCGUACCUCUCAAAGGGGGGCAACGACGUCAACGGGGGCAUCCCCCAACGGGGUAACCUGAGAGCACACCUCGCCAAAGCCAAAUCGAAGAUUGAGGCUCUGCUGCUGCCCCUCUUCCACGGGCUGGCUGUAAUUGACUGGGAAGAGUGGCGUCCCCUGUGGGUACAGAACUUUGGUAAGAAGAGGAAGUACCAAGAGCUGUCAAAGGAGCUGGUGAGGGAGGAACACCCAGAGCUCUCCGGUGAGGAGGUGACGUUCCUGGCACGCAAACAGUUCAACAAGAGUGCCAGGGAUUUCCUGUUCUCCACCCUCCAGCUGGGUGUGCAACUGCGGCCGGCCGGAUCCUGGGGCUUCUAUGGGCUCCCAAGCUGUCCCAACUACCACAAGGCGCAGUCUCCCCACAGCUACACUGGGCAUUGCCACCCCAAAACCACAGAGAAGAAUGACCGCCUGGACUGGCUGUGGGGACAGUCUACUGCCCUCUAUCCCAGCAUCUACCUGCCCUACCAGCUGGCUGGGUCCAGUAAUGCUGCCCUCAUGGUCAGAUUCCGGGUCCUGGAGGCUCUAAGGGUGGCGGCAAAGUACCCCUCUUCCGUAAAUGCCACUCCUGUACUGCCCUACGCAAGGGUGGCGUUUGCACACACACUUCACUUUCUUAACAAGAUGGACCUGGAGCACACCCUGGGGGAGAGCGCAGCUUUGGGGACUGCUGGAGUGGUACUGUGGGGGGAGUUGCAGUUUGCCAAAUCCAAGCACCAGUGCAAGAUACUGCAUGACUACGUGGGCUCUGUCCUUGGAAAAUACGUAAGGACCCUGAAGAGAGGGGUGCAGCAAUGCAGCCAUAGGCUGUGCAGCGGGAACGGGCGAUGUGCCCGUAGGAACCCCGACUCCGGACACAUGAUGCAUUCGUUUUCCUCCCCUGAGCCCCAUCGCAUCCAUGACUCCACCUUCAGCUCCGCCCAGCUACACUCUGCAUUCCACUGCUUGUGUUAUCAGGGCUGGACUGGAGAGCUUUGCCAGGACAAGAUACUUUGAAAAAAAGAAAUUGUUGAGAUGAUGUCCUUGUAGGGAUUCUUCUAAAAUGGUUUAGAACAAUGGUUAUUGUAAAGACAGAAUAGGGAAUUGUUCUAUGUGAGGAAUUGUCAUGGGCAGCCACCAUGGCUGUGCAUUUUGGAACUGAUCAUGGCUGACUCGAUAACUAACAAACAUAGCUUGGGGAAACCUGACUCUCCUUACAAAGUUAAACCUGACUGUCCUCAAACUUCAGCAAAGUGAAAAUAACAAAACUUACCAAUUUUACAUUUCCAUUUAUUUGUGCAAAUCACAGCCAUUGCUUAUGAAAACCGUGUUACAACACGUUAUGGUCCUACUGUUUGGUAUAAAUGACAGUUUUAGUGCUUUUUAAAACAGUUUCUUUCACAAUCUGGUACCAGGUUCAGUUUACCAAAAAGGUGCUCUGAAUAUGUGCUUUGAAUGAAAUGAUUAAAGUACAAUCUGCAAAGAAUAA